AUGCUCCGUGACGAGCUCCUACGAUCUAAAAAUGAUGAGAUCGCAAACUGUUUGUCGCGCAGAAAGCGCAAGCUCAGCGAACUGUAUUUAGCCACGGUCGGGUUUGGCGCGACCGAGGACGCUCAUUACCACCAGAAAGAACAGGCCUUCCUUGACGCCAAUGAUCUUUCCAAAGGUCGUUAUUUCAAUGAAGCUACUCUUCCACCGCCAACCCACGCGCGUGCGCGCUCACCAAGUCAAAGUGCAAUUUCCAGAUCAGAAGCAGCCAUCACCAAUGCCAAACCUGUCACCACGAUCACUCCACCACCAAUUGUCGAUGUCAGAGCUCCCCAUGCGACCGAGCCCCAACAGCAUGCUACGCCCGUUCUAGAUCGGCCCCGGACUGCGACACCUAAUCACCCUCCUACCCCCGUGGAUGCAGUCGGAACACGUCAGCCCUCAGUGCCAGCCACCAGCCCCAAGCUGCCAAAGGAUCUCAACGUGCCACCUGUCACCGCGCAGUCACUCGCUUCAUUGCGCGCCGAUCAGAAAAGUAGCGUACCGAUAGCGGAAACAUCGCUCAGGGUCCACGACCAUGACGAAAAUCAAGCAAAGACAUCUCCCCGUGUGUCAAAGCUGGCUGCGACUGGAGUUCCCUCACUGGAGAUUCCCUCCGACUCUCUUCGAAGAAAACACGAAGCACGACCCCCCCUUAGCUUGGGGCCAUCCUUACACGAACAACCGCCAUCACCCGCCUCCUCCAUUGACCCCUACAACAAUAAUACACCCAUUCCAGUUGCCGCAUCACCCGACACAAGCCCCGCAGAAGAAGUGACCGAGGAUGCCGGGCCAAUUGAUCACCCAAAACACACACAUGACCGAUCUGCCCAAGCUCGGUUGAGUUUGGUUCCCUCGACCCCGGACGAGCAAUUGCGCCUAGAAGAAGCUCAGUCGAAACCUGAGAAGCCUUUCAAUAAUGUGAUUCCAGGCCUACCUUCAUCGAAAGAGGUGAUUGUAGAGAGCGUGGACACCGGGGCCGAAACAGAUCGCAUGGAUAUCGACCAGGAACCCGCCUCCGUCCCUUCUGAAGCUAAAACACCACAAGAACCUGAGACGACGAAGCGAGAAUCGUUUUCGCCCACCGCACAAGCCGAAGCCGCAGAUUCAGCUGUUGAGACUCCCACUGCCAAAAAGCUUUCUAUCCCACCUACUCAACCUGGCUCAACACAACCCGAGCGCAUGACCACUCGAGUAUCAUCAGGGGCUAUACGACACAAGUCUGUUUCCGAGAUCCUUGGAGAAACCCCAAAGAGUAUCGCUCAUGAUAGAAGCCAGCCAGCUACCCCGUCUGAUCAAGGCUCUCCUGAUUCUGUCGCAAGAAUGCGCCUCAAGGACCGGAAGGAACGCGAGAAAGAGAGAAGCCGACUUUCGACUGUUGUGUUUCCAAAGCAGCCAGCCCAGCAGGAGAAAGCCGACUCUAUGGACCUGACCUACCGAGACACGGAUGCGGUCGCCAAGCUGAAUGAGGAGCAAGACUAUCUUUUCACAUUGUUCUUGAACAGAGCGUACGCCCCUCCUCGGGGAACUAAUCUCAAUACUCUGCUGGCAUCCGCGCACAAAACACUAAGUACUAGCAACCACCUGCUUGAGUACCAAGAACAGAUGGAUUGCCGUACUCUCCGGCGCAUCUAUGCUCUUCAAAAUGCGAAUCGAUGGCCAUUGCGGCAGUUGAAACGCUCUGUUGAACCUCCCCGCCAGGGAACACAUUGGGACGUUGUUCUGGACCACAUGAAGUGGAUGCGAACCGACUUCCGGGAGGAGAGAAAGUGGAAGAUUGCCGCUGCGAAGAGUUGUGCCGACUGGUGCGCAGAGUAUGUCAACUGCGACGCGGAACAUCGGACUCUACUUCGUGUCCAAGCAAAGAUUCCAACGUCAAGUCUGGCAGAAAAGGACACCUCUAAAACGGGCCUCAGCCCACCACCCGAAGAUGCAGGCGAUGAAGUGUUUGGUGCCUGUCAUCCCACUCCGGAUCUCAUCCCAUCUGCCGAGGAGGAAUCAGUCAGUGAUGGGUUCAAUGACGAACCUCGACAUGACAUUCAUGACACAGUCGCUCCUGCUGCUAUAUUCUCCCUGGGAUCAGAUGAGUUCAACUUCUCAAUUGACAUGACCCCCGCCGCCGAAAAAUUGUUAGAUGAACUGCCGAUAUAUGGACCGCUACAAAUCGCCCCCGGCACGAGCGCACCGGUGUUCAAAGUCUCCCCUGACACAGUUUGGAAAACGGAACUAUUACCAGUGUCCAAAUUUGCAUCGGCGAAGAUUAGCUUCCACGAUGACGAUCAUCCUCGCAAACGGAGCAGAUAUGACUAUUCACAGUACGGCAACGAUUCGGAUAAUCGCAUCACCGAAUUGGCACCUGAGCAGACAAACGUUGCACUGUUCCGGCCAGAGAACAAGCCUAUCCGUGAUCGGAUUCACCCUGGCCAUCAAUUCCGGCCUCCGACUGAACAUCCGAUGCCAUCUGUCGGCUUUUUUGAAUCACGUUCGUCCUCACAAUGGACUUACGCUGAGGAUGAUGAACUCCGACGCUUGGUUAAGGAAUACUCUUACAACUGGUCCCUAAUCUCUAGCUGUCUUACCCCGUCAUCACUCUUCACCUCUGGCGCUGAGAGACGGACUCCUUGGGAAUGUUUCGAGCGAUGGGUGGGAUUGGAAGGUCUCCCUGCAGAUAUGUCCAAAACUCAAUACUUCCGAGCUUAUCACCAAAGGCUUGAGACUGCCCAACGCACUGUUUUGGCCCAGCAACAAGCUGCUCAACAACAGCAGCAACAGCAGCAGCAGCAACAGGGCGCCAACACUCAGCCCCCGGCACCUGUUCGCCGGAGGACCACCCAGCCUCUUCGAGUUGACCGUAGACGAUCUUCGAAGCAUCUUGCUUUGCUUGAUGCGAUGCGAAAGCUCGCCAAGAAGCGGGAAACUAUGCUUCAGAAGCAGCAGCAUGCUUCCCACCUUGCUUCGUUACGCAAGGCCAAUGAGGCUAACCAACCUAAGCCUCCGAUCUCGUCUCCGGCUGAGUUUAGUCGGUUGAAGUACGACAGAGAGAUGAAGCUGCAGGAAAGACAGGAACAGUAUCGUCAGCAAAUGAUUGCGCAGCAAAGAGCUAGUCUCGCAGCGCAGCGUUCCGGCCAAGUACCUAACCAGCAGCAAAUGAUGAACGCGCCGGGGCGUAACAACGCCAUGCCGCCCACUUCUAAUCCUAGCCUACCAGGUGGGACCCCAAGUGGAAUGGCCAACGGCAUACCUCCUAAUGCGGGUGUCAACCAAGGCCGCCCCAUUCCGAUGCCGAAUAUGCCUAAUGGUGCACAGCCCAAUGGCCAGAUGCCCAAUGGAAUGGCCAUGAAGAUGAUGCCACAAGCUCAAAUGCAGCAAACACCAGGAGCACGGCCAGGCCUGCCGAUGCAAGCCUCUCCUGAUAACACACGCGUGAUUCGGGAAGCCAAUCGAUUGCAGGAGCAGCAGCGUCUUCUACAGUCUCGGCAACAGCAGCCGCACCCUUCUCAGCAGGGCCAACAAUUCCACAAUCCACACUUUGGGUCACAGGGAUCGCCGAACCUGAAUAUGUCGAACGUUAAUGGUACUCCUAAUAACCCUGCUAUGAUGGCUGCCCUCCAGAACCAAGGGGGAAUGCAGAGUCCAUCGUUCCAUGGUGGUACAUCACAAGGCGUCUCAACACCAUCGCCUCGUAUGGGCCAGCCGAACCCUCUUUCGAGCGGCGUUGUGCCCCAAAUCAGCACCCUUCAAAGCCAGAUUCAACGCACGAACCCGAAUAUGCCUCCAGAGCAAGUGACCAAGCUAGCCACAGAUCGACUCAACCAGUAUCAGCAGCAGCAACAGCAGCGCUUGUCCCAACAAGCAGCGAUGAAUGCUGCUGCGGGUAGCAUCAAUGCAAAUGCCGUUCAGGCUAACUACCAAGUUCCCCACGAGGCUAAUUUCCAGACUCCAAAUGGCAGUUCUGGCAUACAAGUCCCUCAAAACCAAGGGUUCUCCCCAAUGAUGCGCGUCCCCCAGCCGGGCCAGCAAAAUCGUGUUGGCCCGACUAGCUCGCCGGCCUUGAACGGUGCUGCACCCUUACCCAGCCGCAGCGGUACUCCUCAAAAUCAGCGUAGCGGCAGUGCCCAAGCGGGUGCUGUUCAAGGUUCCAGCAAGAGCCCGCACGCUCCAGCAGCCCAGACUGCGAGCAGCUAG